GCUCAACGCCUGACCAAACAAGAGUCUUUUACUAAAGAAAAAGGCUUCAUUCAACAGGCCCAAAAAAUGAACCACUGGCUCACUCUUUAAUUGCCAUAACCAAGGCACAAAAACAAAAACAAAGGUUCAUAUUUUUAGAAAACCAUGUCGAGAACUCUUGAAGCAGAGUCUGGUUACAGAAUCAUCUUGGUUUGGAGACUCUCUUAUCUGCUAAUUUUGUUUUCUUCAGUUCAUGGCUACCCUUCACGAGCUCAUAUGUUCAUAUAUGCAGUCUGUUCUGAGGAAAAAUACCAACCGAACGCACCCUUUGAAGGCAACCUUAACAGCUUUAUGUCUUCAGUGGUAAGUUCAUCCUCUGAAGUAACUUACAAUAGCUUUGCUAUUGGAAAUGGAAGCUCAACGCCACAAGAGGGAAACGUAUACGGGUUAUACCAGUGCAGAGGUGAUCUGCACCCAAUUGAGUGCUCAAAGUGUGUAGAAAGAUCCGUUAACGAAAUAGGUUUGGUUUGUCCAUAUGCCCUUGGAGCUUCUUUGCAACUUGAAGGGUGCCUUAUAAGAUAUGAACAUUCUGGUGAUUUUCUGGGGAAGUUGGACACGAGUCUGAGGUUUAAGAAAUGCAGCAAAGGUGUGACGAGUGAUGUUGAGUUCUUCAGGCGUAGAGAUGAUGUUCUUGCUGAUUUGCAAACUGCUAAUGGAUUUAGAGUGAGUAGCUCAGGCCUAGUUGAAGGGUUUGCUCAAUGCUUGGGGGAUUUAAGUCUAUCAGAUUGCUCCUCUUGUCUAGCAGAUGCUGUUGGAAAACUCAAAACCUUAUGUGGAUCUGCUGCAGCAGCUCAUGUGUUCUUGGGACAAUGUUAUGCUCGUUACUCGGCAUCUGGCUAUUAUCAUGAAUCAGAUUCCUCCGACAAUGAUCAAGUGGGAAAAUCAGUUGCCAUUAUUGUGGGAGUGUUUGGAGGUCUUGCAGUUCUGGUUGUACUGCUCUCAAUAUGCAAAAAAGCAGCUGGUAAGUAAGAGCUAGGCGGUAAUGGAAGGUGUAAUCAUUAGGAAAGAUCCGGAAAUGUUUGUUUAAAUUUAUUGAAAAGCAUGGUUCCACAUUUUGCAUAAUUUAAUACAUUAUGUUAUUCCACCAGAGAAAGUGGGUGUUAUCUUUUAGUUUAUAAAGUAGAACUCUGUUAUCCAUCAAACUUAGAAAGGGCUGCAGAUUGUCUUA